AUGGCUCUUCUAUCGCCGCCUUCUUCGCGGUACGCGUUUGAGCCGUCACUCACCACCUCCGCUAUACCGCCAAUUUCAGUGAACUCGAGCGCCGCCAGUGCCGCCAGUGCCACCGGCAGCGCAAGUGUAAGCGCAACGAGCACCGUCAACGGCGGACCUUAUGAUAUGCCUCCAUUCGAGCCGAAAACUCAGGCGCUUUUGCAGAACUUCACCGUUGACCUUCGCACUUUCACUAACUGGAUCUCCAACCUGAAACUCGAACAACAGAAGACCGUCAUGGACGUUUUCCUCGACAGCCUUCCCGACGCGGUGGUAAAGUACGUCUAUGAGAAGGCCGCCAAUGCCGCCGGCUCCGCGGAUCUGAACUCUGCAAACGUCGCUGCCGCAGGUGCCGCAGGUACCGCGGGCACCAUCAAGUUUUCACCACCAAUGAGCUCGGCACCGAUCCAGCCGCGCACCAGACCCGUAUCGCCGCUUCUCAUGCUUAAUGGAGACAGCUUCGGAGGUCCAGGUUCGGCGGAGGCUGCCAAUUCUCCGCUCUUUUCGUCGAUCCUGCGCAGCCCGCGAUUGACCGCUAUUGGAAGCCCCGCGGGAAUUUCAAGUCCUUCAGGAAUCGCGUCGCCGAUGCGCAUUGGUUCUCCCGUCAUGGCCUCUCUUAUGGAGUUUGCAUCUCCUAUAGCCAGGCCGCAGUCCGCCGGGCUCACACACACCUCCAACACCGCCAAUGCUGCUGGCGCCCCCGGUGCCGCGAAUCCUGCCAUCGGAGCGGGGAGCUUCUACAACAACCGCGCCAAUGCGGCGGCCAACUCUUUCUACGGCGGGGCAAUUUCGCCGCUACCAACUACGCCGUCUGCGCAGCCUCUGUUCCGCGUGUUCUCUUCGGAUUUGGACCCGACAGGCUUCCAGAGACGAACGCGGGACUUCUUUGAGGACGGCUCCAAUGCGGACGUCGGUGCACAGCAGUUCGGCUUGACUUCUACGACAGAUUUUGCGGGACAAAAUGCGUUCAAGUUGAAUCACUCUUUGAAAACGAUCACCAGGAAGCAGCCACUGCAGUCGCAAGCACCGCAGGCACCACAGCCACCACAGGGACCGCUGCAGUCACAGCUUGUCCAACGCACCGUUCCACAAUCACCUACAGGAAUUAGUGACGGCGGUGGCGGUGGCGGUGGUGACGGCGGUCGCGAAGCGGAUCCUCUGGACUCUAACGAUCGCGGUCGGGCCGGCCUGGCGGGCCGCAGUACGACGGGGAUCCAGACUGCUCACUCCGCUCUCGCGCGGGCGGGACAAUCAUUGUCGGUUCCGCCUAUCAGUCGGCUAAAGAGAGUCGAGCACAGCUCUAUCGAGAGUAGCGGUGUCGGCGUUGGCGCCGGCCGUGCCGCAACUUCUGAAGAGGCACCUGGCGGAGCAUCUGGCGGCAUCUCAAUCUCGCCGCCUUCCGUCGUGAAAUCCGCGGCUCCCCAAGAUAUAGCGUCGCGUCGACUCCUCGAAAACAUCCCUCUAUGGCUAAAGACCCUUCGGUUGCAUAAAUAUACAGAGAACUUGAAGAAGCUGCAAUGGAAACAGAUGAUUGAACUUAGUGACAGCCAAUUGGAACAACUGGGUGUCAGCACCGUUGGAGCCAGAAACAAGUUGCUGAAGUCGUUUGCCUAUGUAAAGGAGAAUUUGCAUGAAUAG